UAAAAUUGUAUGCAAAUCACCUUGAAAUUUUUCAACACUUCCAUCUUCAUCUUCCCCAUCAGCUUGAUUGUUAUUUUUAUGUCUUUUCAAUAUCAGACGACAACUACCUUCAUCAUGACCUUUGUGCUUACAAUAGUUGCAAUACAAAGGCAUAUACAAUCUCCUGGAAAACCUCGACAACGUUACCAACAGUUUCCUCAAGUAUCAAAAGUGAACUUGGGAAAUUGCAAGGAGAGAAUUGGAGGAAAACAAAGGAUCGAAGAUCUCAAGAAUUGGCUGCCAAGAAAAGUGAUGAGCGCAUGGCGAAUAGCUGGAAUUUUGCAUGCAUUGGAAGGUUGGCAAGAUCAUGAGUGUGGGAACAUGUUGUUUGACAUUUACAAGGUCUGGAAAGCUAGUGUUUUCUCCCAUAACCAUCCUUACUGAGUCAAAGGUUUAAAUUAGUUUCUCACGUUGUAAUUUAAAGUUUGAGUGGUGGCAUAUGAGUUUGUGAACCACAUAUUGUAGUACAUUUAGUUGACCUCAAUAUUAAUGUUUUGAUUAUCUAAACUCUUGUAU